AAAGCAAAACCACAUACCAAUUAUUCACGAUUCAGUUUGUACAUGAGUGAUGGGCCAAAAGGUGUAACAGGCUAGAGAGUGGCAGCCAGUAUGGCCAUUUGCUAGGAGCUGCAAGCCGUCUGGAUUCUGAACAAUUUAAUAGCCGCCUUCUCUACUCCCUCCUCCCGGAAAGAGUUGUUCUGCGCUCCCAGCGGCACUCCACUGCCGCAUGCCGUUUAGCACUCACCGUAUGAUCGCAAUCACGCGGGUUUGAGCUAAUGGUCCUACCUUAACAAUUUGGAGAUGUGGCUGCUUGCAUAACAGUGUGGAUGGGGGGCGAGCAGGGUCAUGAGGGUGAUCAUUACCUUUGAGUUGGAUUUUGGGGGUCGCUACCGUAGAAGGAACGCGCUCUUCCUAUCAAUAAUUCAUCCAUCCCUGAAGCAGCGGGAAAGGGGGGGAGAGCACACAGCUCCGGAGAUACAGGUUUUGAACUGCAGUCACCGGCGUAUUAUGUCACAAUCUGACAGUGCUUCGAGACGGGCUGACGAGGAGGACAAAGGAGGAUGAAGGAGGGAGAGGGACCGGGAGAGGCAGAGGAGGAAUAUAAUGAAGUUGAGUGGGAAAGGACUGUGUACCAUCGUCUCCAGCGCCCUCCUCUUCGUCUGCGCGGUGAGCGAAGUUGUUGUCGGAUUCAAAUGCAUCUCACUGGGCACCAAAGUAAAAGUGCAUUUUCACCUGUCGACCGCGGCCGGGGCUUUCUACUCGGGGAUACUGGUCGGACUCGGGCAGGCGCUGCUGGGCUUUGCGCUGCUUUGUUGCAAAGGGACGCCCGGGUGUCGGAAUUUCUUUCUCCUGGGUAUCCUGGUGUUUUUGUUGGGAGUUCUCACCGCCUUCUCCGGAGCCGUGGUGGACGGGGACACGGUGUCUCUGGUGGAGCGCAAAUAUUCCCAUUAUUGCCUAGACAUAGACUCAGUGGAAUUAACCGCCAUCUGCAACCAACUGAAGGAAUAUCAGAGAAGUCUAGUCAUCUCAACCAUUCUUAGCACUUUGGAAUGCCUUCUCGGGCUUAUGAACUUGGUGAUCAUCAAAAGGUACAAAACAGCGCAGUUUUACAGACGGAGGCAAUCACAGAGGCAAAGCGUGGGGACUAUUAUUUUCAGUGAGGAGCAGGACUUUACCGUGUCCGAAUUCCAACCGGUUUCCUACAUUAACUUGGGGGUAUUUCAAGUGUUCGACGAAGCAGGUGUUGAAGUACAAUGCGGGGGCCACCCGUCUAUCGAUCUCCCGGGUUACUCACCCACGGAUCCCGAGCUCAACCAUUCCUACCCCUUUUCUUACCCGCUCCCGAACGAGUUACCGCCCGCGUACGAAGACAUUUUCCCUGGAGACGAAAGUAACAAAUAGCAACUCACUCUGAACAAACAAAAAAGUUGGAACAUGGGCUCUAAAUUCUGCAGUGACAAUCACUGGCUUUCUCCCUUCGGUCUAUUCAGUGCUGGGACAAACAAUCAUGGAGAGAUUCUUACCUAAACAGUUUUUUUCCCAUUACCUUCAUGCUUAUUUUUCUCAGCAAAGGUAGCCUCCUGGUCCACUUUAUGUGCAUCUACCAUUAUGUUGCCAAUUAACUAGUCUAUUGCCAUCCAUCGAUAUAGUCGAAAUUCCAUGGUAAUAAAUACCAGAUCCAUAGACCAUAAGAUGCUACCAUACCAGUCCAAAUUUCAAGCAGUUGUUUUGAGUUCAGAUUGGAUACACAUCAAAUGCCCAUAUAGUUUGCUGUUGUUAUUGUUUUCUUUAACAUAUGAAUAAAAGUGUAUUUACUCUCA